AGCAAAAUGUGCACUAUAUUAUAUCGAAAGUGCCGACCAUGUUUUUUGAUGUGCAUUUCUUUGGGUUAUACCGGACUUCUUGAUGUAAAAACACAGUAAUCUGAGUUUAGUAUCUACACAAAAGAUCGGAUACAUAAAUGAUAAGGAUUUAUUUAUAGACACAGUUGUUAUUUUAAUGCUGGAUUUCCGGAAACCAUCGCUAUCUAAGGAUAACGUGAAGCACAGGACAGACUAUCGAUCGAGUGGGGCCCGGCAAAAUCGUGCGUGAGUAGAAAUCAUGUCGGCCUUCUUCUCCUGUAUCGGGGGCAAAAAUCCACUGAAGAAAUCAAAAAAGAAGAAAGGAAAAGAGCCGGAAGACAGGAAGAGGAAAUCAGAGCCAAUCCCGGAGAAAGAAGAUGAUGUGGAAACCCCUGUUGUUGAGGAAAUUAAACCCGAGGAGGCACAACCUGUCAAGAAGUCUCCGCUCCAGGUGAAUAUUGAAAAUGCCAAACUUCGGCAGGUUGAGAAAGCCCAAGAAAGUCAUGCUAAGGCGGAGGAGCCUGUUAGCCCACUACUCAAGGAGCUCCACGAGAAGUUUCAACAGAGGAAGGACAAAUCUAAGGUCGGGGCGGACGGCGACCAGGCUACCGUACCGGAGGAGAGUCGCGGGGAGAGCAAACCGGACAACAUCGCCCCGACGGGGGAGGUGGCUAAACAAAACCUACCAAAGAACUUUGCAAAGAAUGCCGUACCGCCGGCGUCGACUCAGGACCAUGAACCGGAGCUGUGUUUAAUAAGGACGCGCAUAGCACAGGUGGAACGUGAGAAUGAUCGACUUAAAAUCACAAUAGAGGAACUUAAGGACGGAGAGCGAAAGAAGAGUACAGAGGCUGAGGAAUCGGCCAAACUUGUAGGAAACUUACAGGUCGAAAUGGUAGCUCUGAAAAAGGAGAAGGAAGAUCUUUUAGCAGAAGUGGAAACUCAGCGUGCUCGAGCGGAAAGUUAUGUUAAUUCUCAGGCUAGGAGUGAUCAUGAAAAUGAUUUGGACAAUGCUAAAGGUCGAGAGGAAAUCCUUGAGGCCAUCGGUCAUUUAGAUAGGGUGUGUUCAGCAUACGAACCAGUCGUGGAAAAGGUAGAGAAGAUCGAGGAGGAUUUAGACCGUGAACGGAAAGAUGAAAAAUUAUCAGAAAGAUUAGCAGUAGUUGAAGAGAAUCGGGGUAAAAUAGGCGAUGAUGUCAUGGGUUUGCUCAAGAGUCUUCAGGAACUAGAAUGUAGAAUCAUACGUCUGGAGGUCAGCAAGGACGAUGAGGAGGCAAUGGAAGCGAUUUCAAUGAAGGUGGUCCAACGGCUGUCGGUGGCAGAGGAAGACCACUCCAGUUUGACAAGGGAAGUGGGCGCGCUCUCACACUCUUACUCCGACAUGGAGCUAAGGCUAACGCAAAUCGAGGACCAGAAGAACGCACUUCGUGCCCAGGUUGAAGCUUACACUGAAGAAACAGCUCAACUGAAACACACCAUUGAGGACCAAAUGGCAAUGCUGAAGGGCCAGGAUGGGGUGCUAGCGGAAGCCCGUAAAUUUGGAACGCUGAAACAAGAGGAAUUACAGGAAAUAACGUCAGGAUACGAAAAAGCAGCAGCUCGGUUAAAGGAAGAGGAAAAUAAAUACUCAAGGUUGGAGGCAGACAUGAAGGACAUUCGACAGAAAUAUCAGGAUCUCAUGGAACGGCUAAUGAAGAUCUUGUACCGGAGUGCCACGGCGGACGAGGUGAUAGCUCGGGAGGAUUUCAACCUCGUCACCAUGAAAGUUGAUGAAGAUAUUCCGAUCAUGAUCUCAGAGAGGUUUCACAAGGAACUGUACUGCGAUAAAUGGGCAAGCGCGUACGAGAAACUGAACACCACUUUUAAGAGGGACGAGAAAAAGGCUCUUCAGAUCCUCAUGGAUUUCUGCACGGAGGUGUACCUACACUGCCGCCGUAUAGCCCGCCAGCAGAUAGAUAUGGUCUGGUCACUCCUGUGUAACCCCACGGCGGCCCAGGUCCGCGGGGGCCUGUCCCGGAGGACCUCCACGGCGAAGCUGCCUCCCCCGGACUCCGUGCCCGCUGUCCUUAGGGACCUCAUCUCGGAGUACCGCCGCAAACCUAGCAAGGAGUUCGUCGACCAUCUUUAUGAUGAUUUCCUUGGACAGCUGGACUUUGAGAAAUCUCGCCAUUUACGUAACGUGCAUGAACGAGAAGUGAACGAGAUUAAGUCUUAUAUCCGGAAGUGUUUGGAGCUGAGCUGGGAAAUGGUGGUACAGCAGCCUCCCAUGUACCUUCAGUUCAAGGUCAGACACGGGUCCGAGGCGGACGCCACCAAGUUCGACUUCUACUCACACCCUGGACAAAAGACAGACUAUCUGGUUUGGCCGGCCCUCCUUAGGGAUGAGAACGGACCUCUCCUGCAGAAAGGAGUCAUACAAGCCAUUUCAGAUAAACCUUAAAGGUGACAAUUCGCAAAGUCAUUAAAUAUCAUUUCAAAGAAAUACUUACACUGCACGUUUUAAGAACAGGAUCAAAUGAAUUCCCACUCGAAGACGUAAACUGUUGCAGGCUACUCGGAAAAAAGUUCAUCCGUUACUCUUCAUCACGUAGGUUUAUCUAAGAAUUGAACCAUGUUUCCAUUUUCAUUUGGUCUCCGUAUGUAAAUAGAUAUCUAUGUUAAUUAUUGCAUGCAAGGAUGUGAGUGUAUGAUUUGUGGAUCUAUGACAGUGUAAAUGUUAGACUGAACACUGUAAUUUUUCAUGUUAACCAGAGAUUGGUCAAAGGUGUGAAUUUGUAUAAACUCAUACCUUUUGUUUCCAACAAUAGGACAUGACCAUUGUAACAUUGGGGAUUCUGGUCGGUACGUGUUAUUCACUUUAAUUGAAUUUAUAGGGUUGUUAUUUAAUUGACUGUAGACUUUCUUCUUCUUUUGCUGUGACCACACUAACAAAACUAUUUUUAGAAUGACAGUACCUUUACUUAAUUUUUUAAAUCUGCUAUGUGUUUAUAUAGUUAUUGAAUUGUUAAUCGACACGGUCUGACACCUCGAUUGUAGGGUGCUACAAGUAUUUCUACGAAGAUUUUCAUUUGUCUGCCCCUAUGAGUAAAACUGUAAAGCGUGUGGAUGCCAAAAUAGAGAUGUGUGUUUUGAACUAAGUUUUAAUAUUUGGGGUGUUGGUGGAUUGAUAGUCUGGCAAAGAAAUUUCAUUCCGAGGGGUGAUGUUCGGGAUUGUCUAACCCGAGACAUGCAUCAAGCCAGGAUUAUGAUGGUUAUGUUAAGAUUUCUCUGGCAUAAAAUCACUGAAGGGGAUGAUUCUUUUCUCCCACCCUCAAGUACAUGCUUGAAAGCAUAUGUUUUAAGUGUUCUUAAUCUGUUUUUCUUUCCUGAUUUGCAAGUGUUCUCUACCGUCGAAUGCUAUUACGUCAUAAGAUCCUCUAUUGUUCCUUUCCACGUGUUGUCAAUACCCAUCUGGGGUAACGGAGAGCUGACAGAGGAAUCUCGUACAGGUAACACAGGAAACAGUUCAGACUGAUGGGAGAAAUGAUGUGAAUGUAGGGAGACCAUCCUGUGAAUUGUAUAGUUUACACCUGUGUCUGGUAUACGCUAUAGGUUGUGAGUGUGGAUGUAUUCCUUUAGAUCAGUAGUAUACUCAGUAUUGACACGUGAUGACAGUAUCGGUGUAAAUACAUGUAGAAUCCAGAAUGAAUUUCAUUAUUUGAAAUCAGAAUGUUCUCCACCCAUUAACGUUUCAGUGACAAUAUUCGGAACAUCCUGCUGCACAAUUGAUCAUACUCCAUUUUUUCAUUGUCAUUUAUUUAUUAUGACUUUGUUUGUGUUCUAUAUAGUAUGCACAGGCAGCUAGCCUUAUUUAUUUACAGAUAUUCUAAUUGGAUUUCUUACUUGGGACGAGAGUUUACAGUAACUUUUAGCCUGUAAAGGCCUUUAAAUGACUUGGUAGAUUCUCUAGUGUUGAAAUACUCACAUACGGUAGUUACAAAUCCUUUAUAUAAACAGAAAGUAUAGUGGUUUUUUGAACCUAGAAUUUCAAAAAGAGAUAUUUUUACUGUAGAAUUCACUAGGACGAGUUCUGACUUCAGAAUGUACAAUUGCUGAUCUCUGACUCCAGAAUUCAUAAUGGACGAUUUCUGACUCCAGAAUCCAUAAUGGAUGAUUUCUGACUCCAGAAUCCAUAAUGGACGAUUUCUGACUCUAGGAUCCAUAAUGGACGAUUUCUGACUGAAGAAUUUUACAAUGGACGAUAUUAGACUGCAGAAUUUUCAAUGAACGGUUUUUAAAAUAAUUUUGAAAAUAUAUGGCAAGUAUGUGAGCUUGGUUGUUCGAUUGAUGAAAUCGUAUCUUACCAGCAUUUACGGAGACAUCAGUUUUUGUACUAUCUUCUUUAAGUCUUUAAUCACUUAUUGGUAUAUGUCGCUUGAUGAAGGUGCUAAUUUCCAUAUGUAAUUGUAACGUCUCGGUGAAAAAUCAGUUUAGUGGAUGAUUAAUGCAACGCCUUGAUUACAUAUUUCCUUAUUAUCUUUACCUGACCAUUUGGGCAGUUUUGUCUUAAUUUAAUGAUAUUGGAUAAUUGCUUUUAAAAAUGAAAAUAUUUUGAUUUUUAUUAGAAAAAGAAAAACCUAUUUUGCUUGAUAUUUUACUUCAUGAUGUAUGCAUUCCCCCACUUGAUGUUUAAUCGUUCGAUGAUAAGGUUCCUUCUUUUACCCUCAAUAAUUGAUAAUGUAACGUGCAUAAAAAAUAAUGUAGAUUGCAAACUAAAUUUUAACCGAAAUUAUUUUAAUAUAUUGCUGGGUGUGGUUUUGUGCAUACUGAUUGUAUAUGGUAAACUAUGUAUGAACACCGAUAAGAGGACACGUUAAGAAUCACCUGUACUCAAGUAAGUAGUGAUCAAUAGUUUUGUGCAGGUUAUACUGUUCCUUCCAUCACGGAGAUCAUUGAUUGGACGAUAGAUGUCUGAUGUCAAACCGUUCAAUAGGCCAAUGCAUGUCACAUAUAGUCUUAUGUUGAUUGGACGAGGGGUGUCAAGUUAAGAGAUUUGUGUUCGUUGGACGAGGGGUGUCAAGUUAAGAGAUUUGUGUUCGUUGGACGAGGGGUGUCAAGUUAAGAGACUUGUGUUCGUUGGACGAGGGGUGUCAAGUUAAGAGAUUUGUGUUCGUUGGACGAGGGGUGUCAAGUUAAGAGAUUUGUGUUCGUUGGACGAGUGGUGUCAAGUUUAGAGAUUUGUGUUCGUUGGACGAGGGGUUUCAUGUUUAGAGAGUAACCCCGAUUUGACGAUUAACAUCACGUGUGUAGCAUAUCUCGUUUUGGCAAGUUUGGCACUUCAAAGACUUGUGUUGAUAUGACAAUGGCUGUAAAGUGUAAUAAUUCUUUCAUGUUGAUAUGACAAUGGCUGUAAAGUGUAAUGAUUCUUUCAUGUUCAAUAUCUUUCCAUUCCAUUAUACAUUGAUGCGUAUUAAUUAAAGGUGAAUAUUGAUAUAUUGUCAUCCAUACAUUGGAAGUGGUUAGUGAAGAAUAUAUUUAUACAACUUUAAGAUAUUAAGAUAUUACAUGCACACAGUGAUGUAGGUUCACGUGUGCUCAACUAAUGCACUUCCCAUGAGGUGAAUUCGUAUCUCUAUAGCACGGAUAACUGUGCAACUUUCAGUUUAUUUAACACGUUGACGAACACACAGAAAAUUUCCUACAUUGAAGACUAGAUGCGGUCUACAACUUAUAAUGAAUGGUGUUUUUGUCUUACAAAAUAUUGUAUCUUUGUUUUUAACAAUAUCCAAACAUGCUUCUGUAUUUAUAAGCAUAGAAAUAAUGCUCCAACGUCAUUCGGUGAUGUGCCUGAUCAGUGGUAUAGUGACUGAUACGUGUUGAUAUGACUGAGCAGUGGUGACGUGACUGGUCAGUGGUAAUGUGACUGGUCAGCAGUGGCGUGACUGAGCAGUGGUAAUGUGGUUAGUUGUGAUGUGACUGGUUAGUGGUAAUGUGACUGGUUAGUGGUAAUGCGACUGGUUAGUGGAAAUGUGACUGGUCAGUGUUGAUGUGACUGGUUAGUGGUAAUGUGACUGGUUAGUGGUAAUGUGACUGAUCAUUGGUCAUGUGACUGGUUAGUUGUAAUGUGACUGAUUAGUGGUAAUUGGACUGGUCAGCGGUAAUGUGAUUGGUCAGAUUUGGAAUCUUGCCAUGUGUGUGUUAGUAAAGGUGUGUUAUAUGAUUAGCGUAUUGGUUAUUUUUCUACUUAAAUGUUAUACUUCGUGUACAAUAACAGUUUUCGCGUUCUGGUCUUGGGAGUUAUAUCCCCGUUUUCCUUACUAAAAGUUGUUUUUUUUUAAGUUAGAAGUUGUAAAGGUAGAGGUUCAAAUGUCGAUACUGGUUGAUGUGAUUGUAUAAAUUUGUUUUUUUUAAAGUAACUAUUGGUGCACAUUAUAGAGUUUAGGACAUUCAUACUCCAUUCAUAUAUUGGAUGGUCAGAAGAUAUACAGUGAUUCAAUAAUAUUUGAUACAAUACGAUUUAUCCAAUCAACAAAAUGGCUCAUGAAUUUUUAAUGUAUGUGUAUAAUCAAAUUGUUUUUAAUCAAAUUAUCCUGCCGGAAUUUUAUUUCAACACAUGUUGAUAUCAUUUUAACUUAUGAUGUAUUUUUGCUCAUAUUCAUUUUACUCGGUACAACCAAUAACCAUUGUACGGUGUGAAAUGUUUCUUCGGCAUAACGCGACCUUAAUAAUUUUGACGUAGCCGAAUACCACUGUUUCGAAGCAUAGCUACCGGAUGGCAACCUAACACUUUGUGAAACAUGCAAGAUAUAUACUUAUGAUAAUCGGUGAUAAUGGUAGAGGAAUAGUGUUGUUUAUUGUGUGCAUGGCCCUCACGGUUCUACUUAAACUUUAAUGGUAGGUUACCUGUUGCCUUUAGAGUGUUUUUUGUUAUAUGUCAUUUUUUUAUGUUUUAUGUCGCUUUUAUUGUGUUCAAGGAGUGUACUUUAUUGAACUUGAUUUACAAUUUACAGUAUUGGUUAUUGUUUUAAAACCACACAAUGUAAUCGCUGUAUAUCAAUUCUACAAUUGUUUUAGCUUAUAAUUGUUGUUUUAGUGUGUUUUACGUAAUCAAGUGCAAUACACCUUAAACAGAAUCCAUGAUGAGUUUACCUAGCACUAGGCCGUGUACUGAGCCCAGAAAAAAAGUCAUUCGUCUGAAGCGGGUGUGUGAGAGCGGGAAUCAACUAAUUGUAACCCUACAGACUUUGGUAUGUGAACGAUUUUUUUUGUUUUAAUUUGUGUGAUGUAGAACGCAAUUUUGACAAUUUUUUCCCAUUAUUCAUCGUAACAGGUUACAACACUAACGUUAUUGUUCAUUCAUAAUCCAUACACGACCUCUACACGUGUACUUAAAUAUAAAUCCACGGAUCAGAAGUCAUAACAACCUCAUUCCUGGGAAAAAAAGUUCUGUACCCAAUUGCUGUCGGGUUAGGUUUCACCCAAGAUGCUUCAACAUCAUUUGCUUGACUGUGAAUACUGUGGUAGUGAACUCGGUUUUGUAAAAGUGUAGUAUAUUUUUGUUUUCUCGAUAAAAUCAAACAUUCCCAAAAUAAAAGUGUUUGUUGUGAA